CAGCAUCCCCAGCAUGCCCCGCCGCCCGGGAACGGGUCGUGGGUGUACGCUCCGCCACCGCCGCCUGGCGGGCCACCCCCAAAUGGGCCACCGUCGUCGCAACAGCAGCAACAACAACAGCAGCAGCAGCAGCAGGCCCAACAGGUCGCGGUGCAGGCGCCGCCGCCGAGUGGGCCACCGCCGCCACCGUCGUCGGGGGCGUACGCGCCCAGCGGGGGGCCCGCGGGCGGCGCGUGGGGCGGGCCGGCGGGGGGUGUGGGCGUGGGCGUGGGCACGGGCGUGGGGGGCGAUCCGGCGCGGAUUCAGCUGGCGCCGUUGAGGCCUCGGGAGAGCGAGAUGCACCAUGGGCACGGGGCGCAUGGGGCACAUGGGCAUGGGGGUGGCGGACAUGGGGGCCACCAUGGGCAUCACGAGGGCUCGGGAAGCGGGAGUGGGAGCGGGAAGGAUAGGAAGAGGAAGCCGUUGAGCAUUGGGAGUAUGUUGACGGAGGAUUGAGGAAUAGGGCGGGGCGGGGUGGCGACAGUGUAAAGUUGGGGGGAUGGUGGAGAUAGAAGUAGUGUGGAUGGGGGAGGGGGAGGGGGUGUUGUGCCGUGUUGUCUGUUUGUUUGUUUGUUUGCUGAGAGCGCUGGUUAUGAGGUAUUUUUGUCUUGUCUUUAUCCUCUUUUGAUUGAUUUCGCCCAGUCCUGCCGACGUGCCCUUUCCGAGCACUUAUCGUUUCUCUUCUCUGCUUAUCUGUCCGCCUCUGAUGUCUUUUGCCGUCCUCGUUUCUGUCUCCUCUGCCUUGAUUUUUUUUGUCUCCGACAUACUGCCACUUGCUCUAUUCCGUUUCCUUGGAUCAGCGCUUUAUUCUCCUCCUUUACCUCUUCUGAAACUGCUCCUCAACGAGCGCAUGACGAUACUUUCCCUUUUUUUUCUUUUUUGCUCUGCUCUUUUUUCAUGCAGGCCGGUCUGUCGCUCGCUCGCAGCAGGCCGGCCGCGAUGCAUGUCCACAGCGGAUUCCUGCUACUAGCCCAUGUCUCUCUCUCCCCUUGUCUCUCUGCCAGUGUAGUCUUUGCGCUGUGCCUCGCCUCGCCCGCGGGCACGAAAAAACCCGGCGGGCGAGCAACUACGGACCGUGACACUCCCUCCCACUCCCGCUCGACUGUCUUAUUGCCCUACGCCCGAUACGAUACGAUGCGGUGGACCGGUGCGCUCUGCUACGAGUAUGUAAAUAUGUUCCAUUCACGACGAAUAUGCCAAUCACAAUCGAUUCUAUGUAUGUAUCUGCACGUGUGUAUAUGUACUCUUUCCUCAUGUUUCGCUCGGGUCAUCUCGCCUUCUGUGUAUCUCGAGGGUCGGAUCACGAUAGGCCGGGUAUGGAGUCCCCCGGCCUGUCUGCGUCGUGCGUUCGGUGGGUCCGCAUGUCACGUUUUUGGGAACACCGCUGCAGGCGGCCUUUGAAUCGGCAGAAUGUAAACGCUAUUAAAUUGAAUCGUGGAGAGCCGUCACGCGGGCCACGCUGCGUGCGUGCCGCCAGACGGGCUACUAUGCAACAUAGUAUAAUUCGGGAAGGAGGCGUGGAUCGGGGGAUCGACGGAGUUUCGGUUUCGUGAGGGACGCUAUUGCCUAUCGGAUGCGAAGUCGGCUCGGGUCGUGCAGGUCAGGGGCCCGGGACCGUGUACGCUCGGGCUCGAGCCCGGGACGAAGCUAAUUUGGCAGGAGCAGGGCGACGGAACGGAAGACAGGCAUCGGCGGGCUGCGCUUUUUUGUGUGUGUGGGAGAUGACGCGUGACGGCUCGCC